AUGGCAGGGUUGAAGGAAGAACAAUUUCGACUCAACAGCUGUGCUAGUUGUACUGAUCAUGUUGUCAAUAGUGACAUGUCUGAUGAGAAUGAUUAUGAAGGUGAUUAUCUAACUUCUGCUGCAAAGCAUCAAGCACUUGAUUACAAUGAUAAUGCUAAUGUAGCUGGAAAUGCAGAGAAGCUCAGUUCAAGUGCAAAGUACAACAUUCUUCAAUAUCAUUUUGAACCAGACAGAAACCACAUUUUCCCUCAAAAUUCAAACGGCCAUUCUUUCCAAUAUAAAUGGCUCCAGGAGUUUCCUUGGCUAGCCUACUCAUUGCAAGAGAAUGGUGGCUACCGUAUCAACUGUGUCCUCUUCUGUAUCUCUGAAUAUCAUGGGUCAUUUCCAGGAGAUUUAGUAACUAAGCCAUUGACAAGUUUCCACAAAGCACUAGAGAUUCUACGAAAGCAUUAUUGUACAUUUCAUCAUAAAGAGUCAGUCAAUAGAUGUGAAUGUUUUGUUAGGAUUAUGGCACACCAACAGCUAGCCAUAAGUACUGUCUUAAACCAGCAGAUGGCUGAUCAAAAAUUCAGUUUACAUGGUCAUCGUAAUAAUGUGACAGAUCUAGAGAGAGAUGUUGCUGGCUCCCAUAAUCAUGGCAAUUUAUGGGCACAUAAUAAUUUUAGAAUUGAUUCUGGUGAUUCAGUUCUUGAAGAGGAUCUCAUUAAUGCUAGCAGGCAUGCCACGUACACAUCAUCAGUAACUCAGAAUCAAAUGAUGGAAAUUCAGGCAGAUCAAGUCAGAAGUGAAGUGACUUGUAAUAUCCAGGCAGCUAAAUGGUUUACUGUGAUUGCUGAUGAGGUGACUGAUGUUUCGAUCCAGGAGAUAAUAAGCAUUGUGGUGAAGUAUGUCAAUUCUGAGACUCUUGUAGUACAUGAAGACCUGGUAGGAUUCUUUGAAUGUGACACCAAAAUUACUGGGUGUGCUUUAGCAGACAAGAAGAUCACCUUUAUCUCCAUUGUGCUUGACACUGCCUUAAAGUUUUUACGUCACUUUGAAGCACUAAUGUUAGUAACAUGA